ACAGACAGAAAUUGAUUGUCAACAUUAUUCGUUGUCGCGUGGAGAGACCAGAAUAACAACAACCCGAGGAGCAAAAACGCACUGGGAAUAUAUACAACAAAAGAGUGUGUGUGUGUGUGUGUCGCGCUGAAAGGAGUGAAAGACAAACAAAGGAAUUUCCCACACAUAUAGAGUGAAAAUGGGUGGCAAGCAUCAUCAUCAUGGUGCUGGCUCGGGCGGAACAGGAGGAACAGCAUCCGCUGGAGGAGGCGGCGGUGGCAACGGUGGCAGUCUCAACUCGAGCAUGUGCAAUUCGGUGCUCACCAAUGCCACAACAGCCACCAGCAGCAGCCUCACCCAGCAGCAGCAGCAGCUGCAGGCCAAGUACAUCAAAUCGAAGCGCCACCAGAGUCGCUACACCAAUCUGCAGCAUUCUGGUCACGACUCUGGCAGCUAUCUGCAUCUGAAUUCGCUCUGGUCGAUCUGGUACGGUGUCCUACUCACCCUCUUCCAGGGUUAUUUGGCCAUGCACGGCGCCUACAGGUUCUUGGGCUGCUCUCUGAUACCCUGGAAAAUUGAGCCCGUGGCGGAAUUGAAUCUACAGAUAGUGCUCUCUGGCGUGGUAUUCAUUCUGCUGCCCGUAUUCUUCACUUCGGCGGUGUUUAAGGUUGGCAACUUGGCAAACGACGGCAUUAAAUUGGCCACAGGCGCAAGGGAGCGACGCUGCACGCUGGCCCCCCACGACGGCCUCGAGGAGGAGUCACGCGGCGGGACGCUGCGUGCUCUGUGGACGCACGGCGGACCGACGGCGGCCUUUGUCCAUAUCCUGAUUGCGCUUUGUUUGCUGCUGCCACGGCUGUUGCUGGAGGCGCGCAUCAUCGAGAACGGACUGUUGCCGAAAGAACAAAUUUGGGCCACUGAAAUGGACUUUGUUGUUAUCAAUCGUCGCAAUUUGAUGGCCCUAUCGGUGGUGGGACCCACAGCACUGCCCAAGCACUACCAUCGACAGCAGCAGCAGCAGCAGCAGGAGGGGGAGGAGGGCCAUCCACACACUUACAACAUGACCGCAGCAAACGGCGGCAGUCUGGAGCAGGAACAGGACGAAGAGGACUACUACAACGACACCAUGUUCACGGCCAUGCGGGGCAUGGGUGGGGGCAAUAACAACUUGUUCGACCUACGAACUCAACCAGCUAAGGCGGCAAAUGGGGGCGGCGGCGGCAGGCAGAAGGCGGCUGCGGCAAAGACAACGACAACGUCUAAAACGACAGCCAUAUACACAAAAUUGAAUGCGGGCGGCAAAUACUUUGAAGUGCCCGAUUUAAUUAAUCAAGAUAUUGACGAGGAGGAGCGCCAAGAGCUGGAGGAGGCCAUCCAUGGGGAUGAUGACAACGAUGAGGGGGAUGUGGGCGAUGUGUUGUCGGCGGAGCAGGAGGCAGGCACUGUUUUAUUGCCGGAUUUUGAUGAGUUUGCAGCGAAAACCACAAAGACAACAACCAGCAGCAGCAGUGGCAGUGGCAGCGACAGCGAAGACAGCAACAAGUUAAAUAUCGAAAAUUGGCAGACAUUGGGAACACUGGCGAAGGGCAGGAGCAUAACCACAACGACGCGCUCCACCACAACUGAGGCGCCAACAACAGCAGCAGCAACAAGCAGCACAACAACAACAAGCACCACAACGCCAGCAACAACAACAACCAAAGCAACAACAACCAAAGCAACAGCAGCGACAGCAACAGCGACAGCAGCAACAACCAGCAAACAGCCACAUCAUCAUCACAGCAAAACCAGAAAGCAUCACAACAAGCAGCACCACAAGAAACAGCAGCAGGCGCGUCGCCAUCAUGUGGCAUCGCACGAGCAGGCAAUGCUGGAGAGCUGGAGCCCGGGAGGGGAGCAACAGCAGCCGCAGCAGCUGGAGGAGACCACCACGCGGGACAGCAACAUACAUCGCGUGCGGCCGGAGGUGCUGCCCGAGAUUAUCAUACCCUCGACGCCAGUGUCGAGCAACUCCAAGAUCAUAGCCAUCAAGCCGAAGAACCAGAAGCGCCGGAUCAGCAAGCGGGCCGCAGGAGUGGAAAUCGAACCGGAAUAUCAGCUGGGCGAUGGAACUGGCAGCAUCAGUUCCAGUGAAUUUGUGGCCAAAUCGAAUGAGGAAGAAGCGGAGACGGAGGCGGAGGCCGAGGAGAGCGAGGACUUUGACUUGGAGGAGGGAGACUUUCAGGCGAUGCCCGCUUUGACGCCAGCCACACCCGCACCGCCGACCCCAGCAAUGCCCGGCAACGACUACGUGCGGCUGGAUGGCUUUGCCGGAAUGCUGCAGCUGUUCUUUGGCAUCGACAAGCCCAUCGAUGUGGCCAUCUUUGCCCAGCCACCGAGUGCAGAGUUUGUGAAUCUGCUGUGCGCCCUGCUGGUGUGGUCCGUGCGCUAUCCGGCCGUGUUCUGGAACACCUCAAAGGCCUUUGCCUGUGUGUUCAGUGUGCAAAUGAUUGUGGCCGCCUUGGACAUCGUACUGGGCUAUGUGGGCGUCUCGAAUCUGUACAAGCUGCAGAUCUAUGCCGAGGCCAUGCCUGUGCAUCAGCCCGGACUCAUUCUGAAUGGCAUCGUGACGCUGGCUCUGUAUCUGCUGGCCACGGCGCUCGUGCUGGCCUCCUCCAUGGUCAUGUAUCUGUACGGGCAUGGCCGCUUGGCCACCCGCAUGAGGGAUCGCUCCAUCAUUACGCUGAAAGCGAACGAGACUUGGAUCUACUUUGCCCACUGCGCCUCGUUGUGCUUUGUGCUGGCACUGGCUGUGGUCAAGGCGCCGCUGCUCAACGAUCUGAGUGCCACCUAUAAGAAUAAUUUGCAUUGUCCGACAUUUUUGGCAGCGCUUAUUGGUGUCACACAUCUGUUGCUGUGGAUUGUCGUCUGGCUGUGCCUGACGAUCAAACGGCGCUGGCACUUCAAGCUGCCGCCGCUGGACAACACCUAUGGGGGGCUGCUGAACAAGGCGAGCGCCCAGCCACUGCUGAUGUCCAGUGGCCAGCGUACGGGCAGCAAUUCGAGCAGCGGCGGCAACUCCACCAGCACCACCAUGAAUGGCGGCAACGAUUCCAGCCUAAAGCCGGACAUGAUGAGUACGGCGACCAGCACGGAGCUGGGCAUGGGCAUGGGCAUGGGUCUGGCCGCCCAAGAGGAUAUCUAUUGGCCGAAGCUGACGCCCAGUUCGCCCAAGCUGAAGGUCACCUUCAAUGAAGUUACGAGUACGUCUGAUGAUGUCCUACUAAUUGGUGACCAAGAACAAACUGAUGGCAAGCGCCAUACGAGCCGUGGAGCCUCGAUAUGUUUUGCCAGUGCUGCGGGGGAAAUUGACGACGGCGAGUACGCGACACUAAGGGCAGCCACUGCUGGCGCCGUUGUGGGCAUCACCAUGGGCAGCAUGAGGAGUGGUCUGGGCUUGGGUGCUGCUGGCGCUGCUGCUGCUGGUGGAGGAGGAGGAGGCAGCAUUUCAUCAUCAUCUGUGGGCGUUAGUCUGCUUCACCUGUCGGAGUAUGAUGAACUGCCACCGCCACCACCAACCAACCAUCAUCACCAGCAACAACAACAGCAGCAGCAGCAGCAGCAGCAGCGACAACAACAGCAGCAGCACCACCACCACCAGCAGCAGCAGCCACAUCCUCAGUUUGCCCAUGGACAUCCCCACGACUAUGCGAACCUCAGCGGUCUGGGCGGCAUCAGCGAUGACAACAUCUCGGAGGAGGGCAAACUGUUGGCCUGCGUGCGUGAUGAUAGCAUUACAUAUGCCUCGACCAGAGAUCUGGAGCCGCCACAGCCACAGCCACAGCCAACGGCAGGGAGCCAGCCACCGCCACCACCGCCGCCAUUGCCCGUCAAGGGUGCACCCAUGCCACAGCCACCGGCGGUGCUGCCCCAUGCCGGUCCGUACGGACGUGCUCCCCAGGCCAUGCCCGAGAUAAUGCAAUUGUCGCCCGAGCAUCAUCACAAGUCGCAUCUACAGCAGCAUCUCCAGCAGCCGCUCCAGCCGCAGAAGCCACCGCCACCGCAUCAUCCUCUACAGCAGCAGCAGCAACAGCAGCAUCUAGUCAGCCCCUUGGCGCCCGUCACGGUUGCCGUACACACAAAUGAGGCGCAUAUUGCCUCCAGUUCCACACCCCGUUGCCUGCGUCGCGCCGACUCGGGCGUACCCAACGAGGCGCUCACGCCACGCAGCGACACCAACUCGAUCACGGAGAGUACCACCACCUCGCCGCCAGAGCGCGCACCCUCCGAGUCCUCGAGCGGCGUGCACUCGGGCGAGGAACGGGAGCUGGAAGUCAUCAUCAGGCCACGGGCCAGCUGCAAGCCGCCGCCGCGUCCACCACAGCCACCCAUCCAAGAGGAGCCGUACGGCCGCUGCACCAACAUGCGCAUGUCCAGCUUCAAUGCCGAUCCAGCCUCGGCUGGCUCCCUCAGCUCCGGCAACGGAAUGAACAGUGCCACGCUGCCGAUGCAGCGCAGCGUACCGGAGCAGAAGUUCGAUUAUACGGCCCACUGCAGCACGAUGCCGUUGCCGGUGGGCUGCCACAGCCAGCAGCUUGCCGGCAAUUCGGGCAACGGCGGCUAUGCCUCCACCUCGGCCAUGACCACCUCCAUGGGUGGGGGCAUACCGCCGCCACCGUCGCAGGUCACCAGCUUCAAGACGUCCGGCAUCGGCAUGGGCAUGGGCAUCCAUUAUGCCAACGCUGCAGUGGCCCUGGGCAAUGGUCAGGCAAUGCAGGCGCCGCACACCACCCUGCCGAACGGCGUUCGCUACUCGAAUCCGCACUUCCUGCGCCGCCUGCCGCACAUGACCAAGGCAGCGGAGUCACCGUACGGCCACUUGGGCUACGGUGCCGGACAUCAUGCCUUCGCCAAGCUGCCCCAUGAGACGCAUCCCACCAUACCCGAGGAUCGCGACUCGGCCAACUAUUCGAUGGCCUCCGACCAGGACUGUGGCCUGUAUGUGACGGCCCAGCUGCAUUAGGCUGCUACAAGCUCCAAGCUCCACCAGCUACCAUUUACUCAGUUUUCGUAGUGCUGUAGCAGUGUAGUGCCCUAAACGUAUCCGUAAUCCCCCGUACUCUUCUAAGUUAGCCUCUCGGCUUUUGUACAGCUCCGUGCCCAAGAGAAGCCACACCACUAAUCCAUUAAUCUUCCAAAAGUAAUGCACUCGAGAUCGGCUGAAGAGCGCUGAAGAAGUCCCGACUCCGAUUGGGGGCGUAUAUGUACACGAGUAUAUAUUUAUUUAUUAUAUAUUUGAUUGCUUUGCCUAAACGAUGAUACAAGUAGCACAAAUCCCACACUCAGUCGUAGCUGAUGAUUGAUGAAUGAUGACAAACGCCCACGCAAUGAAACCACUAAAAAACUGUACGAUCCAUACUAUAUCUGCAUGCAUCUACAGCUGCAUCUAAAUCUACAACAAAUCCAAAAUCUAUUUAUAUUUAUAUCUAUACAUACAUACAUAUACAUAUACAUAUAUAUUUAUACAUGGCUAUGCUCGUAUACAAUGUGUAAGAUAAUAAGCUAAUCGUGUUUAAGUAAUCAAAUGUAAACUAAAGUUUAUCAUAUCAUAUAUGAAUGGAAUAUAUCUAUCUAUAGCUAACUGUAAGACUAACCCUAUACACCUACAAUAUCUACGCAUUAAUCUAAACAGAAGCAACAAAUAUCAUAACUUGAUCAUGUGCAAGCACUCUCAAAGUAUUCUUCUCCCCUAAGCAAUUUCUCUAAAACUAAACCACACACACACUCACACACACACGAAAGAAAGGAACAAAAGGCAUACGAAUUUAAGCAGCAAUUGUAUGGUUUUUUUUUAAGUGUAAGGAUUAGUAAUUGUAUUGUAAAAUGGUAAACAACAAUUUAAUGGCAUUAACUAACAAAACAAAACAAAACAAAACAAAACAAAAAAACCCAAUAUGCUUCAGCUAGUCGGAUUUAGAGGAUAUAGACAACCCAGCAAGGCUUCUGCAUACACACAAUAUGUGCGAGUAUUUUCUAUGGUCUCUCAAUGCUUAACGUUUAAGAUGAAUGUAAAAUGUAAUGUAACAAAGCGACAAUAUGAAUACUAUUAUUUAAUGUAUGAUACAAAUGAUAUACUUACUACAACUACUAUCCACGCCCCCAUACAUAUCUCUCACACACACACACGCAAGCAAGCAAACACUUAAGACUUUCCACUUUGGACACCUCCUGCACACUGCUUUAAAUGUCGUCUAGCCGCCGCAGAGAUUUAUUUUAAUUUCUUGUGCAUUUUCGAUUGGCGAAAGGUUACUUCUCAACUAGCAAGGAUUGCCGAUAGUGUAACACUGCCACACAGAACAAUUGUUUCUAUUUGAUUAUCUUUGGACAGAACUCGAGAACGAUCGUGUACGUAUGUAUUUUGGAUCGAUCCUUCUUCCUUGAUAAGGACCCAAUCAAAGUCUUCGCACGAUCGCAAGAAAGCACGCCGGGAUAUUGUUUGAUAUAUAGUUUGACUAGCGAAAAAUAUCCUUGAUCCUUUGUAAGGACAUUUUUACGGUCACAGGAAGCAUUGUCACGACCGGAUCGGCCCACUAAUAGUGGAGAAAUUUAAAUAUUUUUGGCAGGAAAAAAUAGCCUUGAUCCUUGAUAAGGACUCCAUCAAAUCAAGAAUUUAUUCGAUCACAGCAAGCCUGAAAGUAUCCUGUUAUGCCACCCAAUUAAGGCCACAAACAGCGGAGAAAAGGAAAUAUGUAUAGCUGGGGUUGUUCGAGUUUUUCUCCAACGAUCAAAGACAUUUUUUCGAUCACAGGAAGCGCAGAAAACUAAAUAUUUGUGGUAGGGAAAAAUAUCCUUAUUCCUUCAUAAGGACUGCAUCAAACCAAGGAUUUUCUCCCGAACAUAGGAAGCCGUCGCCCGUCCCGAUCGGGCCACACAUAACGGACAAAAAAAAAAACAAAACCGGCCUGCUGUAAUUUGUUGUGCAACAAAAGUUGUUCUUGUUAUUGUACAAUAACAAUUCUCAAUUUGGUGGCGACCAAAACCGAGUUUUUCCGAGUUUCAGAUUUGCUAAUACCAGGCGAACAGAAAUCAGCAGAAAGCAACUUCAGUAAUUGCAAAUAAAAAUUGUGCUGCAUACUUUUAGUUACCAUUUUUAGUUUAAAUUGUAGCUUACUUUUGGGAUGAACGAAAUAGAAAUUAAAAGUGUUGCAUACUUUUAGCUACCAUUUAAUUUUAAAUCGUAGCAUACUUUUGGGGAUGAAAAUUAUUAAAAAAAAAAAUUUAAAAGUUGCUUUCUGCUGAUUUCUGUUCGCCUGGUACUCGGUCGAAAAUUUCUUCGUUUUCGCCAUCUGGCUGAUGAAUUUUGUUGUUUUUU